GAUUGUUGUGCAGUAGCGAACAAAACACACAAUCUCUAUCGCCAGGCGAGAUAACUGCAGCAGUAUUAUUAUCUCGUCGUGCAGCUGGCCGUUUUGCAUACUGGAUGCACACAUAUUUCGGCAAGGCAGACAUACGGUACAGGCAAGACGCGAACAGCCAGAAAACAUACCACACCAAGCCCACCGAGGACCGAUCGAUUUUGAUUGCGCACUUUUUCACGUCCCACAGCAACAUCCAUCACAAUGACCGACAUUGCGAAGAUCGCAGGAGACCACAUCCUGAUAUACGAGGGCUACUAUAAACAGCUCGAUCCAAAAGAAACGAACGAAAUCGCUGCGCUUGCUGCUGCAAAAUUCCUCAAGAAAUCCGGCCUCAGUGAUGUUGUCCUCAGUCGAAUCUGGGAUUUAUCAGACCCGACUGGUAAAGGCUACCUGACGAAGGAAGGAUUUUUUGUCUCACUCAAGCUGAUUGGACUGGCACAGGAAGGUUCAGACAUAAGCCUUAAAAAUGUUUACUAUGUCCUGUCGAAACCUCCAAAGGUGGGCGAUUUACCAAAACCCCCAGCACAGGUGAAACUGCUACCAGCCGAAAGCACAGAUUGGUCGAUGAAGCCAGAAAAGCGACAACAGUACGAGCAGCUGUUCGAUUCGCUCGGUCCCAUGAACGGGUUGCUCCCGGGUGCGAAGGUACGCGUAACGCUGAUGAACUCAAAGCUACCGCUCGACACACUCGGCCGUAUCUGGGAUCUGGCCGAUCAGGAUCGUGAUGGUAGCCUCGACAAACACGAAUUCUGUGUGGCCAUGCAUCUAGUGUACGAAGCGCUGGACAAGCGUGCCAUCCCGGCUAUAUUGCCACCACAGCUGCAGCGUAACUAUGGCUCCCAAACGGCACAGAAUGGUGCUGGUGGAUUCGAUGCGUUCGGCAAUGGUGUCGCAGACGGUGGCGGUUUUGUGGCAAACUUCCCGACCGACAUUGCGCCUCCGCCGGUCGUACCACCGCUACCGGCUGCCCUCACACGACCACCGCCAAUGACGGGAGGCGCUCCUAUCAUUCCGCCCGUACCGAUGGUACCGCUCGUAUCCAGCUCUGCCCCGAUUGAGGUGACCAGUUGGGUUGUAUCACCGCUCGAGCGUUGCAAGUACGAAGAGAUCUUCAACAAGAGCGACACCGAUCGGGAUGGCCUCGUGUCCGGUAACGAAAUAAAGGAUGUCUUUUUGCAGUCAGGUGUGGCGCAAAAUUUGCUCGCACACAUAUGGGCACUCUGUGACACGAACCAGUCGGGCAAGCUUAAGCUGGAAGAGUUCUGCCUAGCCAUGUGGUUCGUUGAUCGUGCCAAAAAGGGUAUCGAUCCGCCGCAGGCAUUAGCACCGAACAUGGUGCCGCCCAGUUUGCGGAAGAGUUCACUCAUUCAAGCACAGGAACCACCCCAACCAACCUACAGCAAUCCAGAACUGGAAAUGAUAUCCAAAGAAAUAGAUGAGCUUGCGAAGGAGCGCCGCUUGCUGGAGCAGGAAGUGGCCCAGAAGGAGGCUGACGUGCGAAUUAAGGGCGGUGAACUGCGCAGCCUGCAAAGCGAACUGGACACGCUAACAGCAACGUUGAAGCAGCUGGAAAACCAAAAAGGUGAAGCACAGAAGCGUUUGGAUGAUCUAAAAAAUCAGCAAGUAGAUGUAGAUCAAGCCUUGCUAGGGGUAGUGUGCAGCAUUGACGAUGCUCGUCAGCAGGUGAACAAAAUUCGUGAACAGUGCCAGAAGCAGGAAGCAACGCUCAAGGAGCAAGAAGGUGAGCUGGACUCGCGUCGUUCCGAGCUGCAGAAGCUGAAGGAUGAAGAGCAAUCGCUCGAGAAGGAAUACAACGCCAGCACCAAAGAGGUCGACCGGUUGACAUCGCAGCUGCAGGACACGCAGCUAGAGAUCAGUCAAGUGAAGGCCAUGGUUACUCAAAUACAAGAGUACCAGCGUCAAAUGACGGACGCACUAUCAAUGUUCCGUUCGGCGAUCGAGUCGAACGACCCGAUCCUGGUGUCGGACUAUUCGCUCAAGAUUGACCCGGAGUUCCGCGAGGCUAAACAGGCCCUGGAAGAGAAGGAGGUUGAGAACGCCAACAAGCGCGAUCCGUUCGGCGAUAACAGGCCGAAUGGAUUUAGUGCCGGCGAAACGGAAACGGGCUUCGGUGAUGAUUUUAAGUCGAAUGGCUUCACCACGCAGUUCGAUGUCGGUUCGAAUGGGGGAUUUCACGGAACGGGUGCUGGAUUCGGUGACGAUGGGUUCGGUGCGUUCGGUGCGAAGACGAAUGCCAAUAGCGGUGCGGAUCCGUUUGCGUCCGCGGGUGCCGAUCCGUUUGGUGAACGGAAAGGUAGUGCAGCAGAGCCCGCCAAAGAUGAGUUUGGAUGCGAUCCGUUUGCCAUAUUGCAUGCUCCAACCACUGCCGGUCAAGGUUUGACACCAAGUCCCAGCAAAUCCGUUGCACCGCCGCGUCCAGAAUCACCAAGCCCAGCCCUGCCACCGAAGAAGGCUAAGCAGCCACCACCACGCCCAGCACCGCCACGACCAAUGCAGGGCCCUACACCUACCAAACCUGCACCACCGGCGUCGGAUGCAUUCGGUGAUAGUAGCGGCGGUGGCAGUUUUGCCAACUUUGCCGAUUUCGACAAUAAGAAUCUCAAACCAGUAACCUCCCAAGCACUAGCGUCCUCCUCCUUUGCCUCGAGUGGAAACGCAUUUGGAAGCAACCGCUCGCUUACGGGUGCCUUCAACUCGACGUCCUCCUCCACCGUAUCCAGUGUACCAAUGGCUACGAUCACGGUCGAAGCGCCUACUCCUCCAACACCAGCAGCACCGGUUCCAGUUGUUACACCCGUUCCUGUCCUUUCAUCGGCACCGACGCCGACACCGGUCGUCGAUUUUGCGGACGACCCGUUCAAGGACUAUCGAUACGAGGAUCCAUUUAACAUCGAAGACCCGUUCGCCGAUGCCGAGAACGAUGCGCAAUCUUCCGAAGAUCCUUUCUCAACUGCAGGCAGUAAUGUGACAAACAACAACACUCUAUCGAACAAAUUUGAUGCCAAGUUCAACAAAUCGUCCACCGGCUCGCUGGAAACGCUGGAUGAGCUGUUUAAGGGUGUACGGAUUUCAGGUGACGGUGCAAACGAUACAACAUUGAACAACAACAGCGCUAACCGGCUGAAUAACAACAGCAGUGCUCUUUCAUCAAGGAGUGCCGCCGGGUCGAUUGGAAAAUCGAAACCAUUUGUUCUCGAUCCGUUCGAUGCUUUUAAUGAUAAUUUUUCCAAAAACACCAAUCAAGUUGAAGACAGUUUAUUUAGCGCGUUCGGCAACGAUAGUAAGGAUGUCACCGAUAAUAGCCUCUUGGAUGCGUUCCGUGUUACAACAACCUCUCCCGCAGCGCAUUCCACCAGUCCCGCAACAUCAUCAUCCAUGAUGAAGUCAUUCGAGGAUGAGUUUUCCAAAAUGGACGCUAGCAAUGUGUUGAACAAUAAUCUCGCAACCGCCUCUUUCACUAGUGGUAACGAUUUUGUCGCAAAAUUUGAUGAUGCAUUCAGUGCUUUCAGCACAACGGCAACGCAAUCGACGGCUAAUGCCAGCAGCACAGGCAAUGCUAAUGGUAAUCGGUACGGUGGUAGUUUUGGUGCCACACUGCCGCCACCGGCGAAGAGUUCAAAAUCCGUUGCAAAUGGACCGCUGACCGGAAGUUUAAAGCGACCCGAUGGUAGUGCCGAUCCACCAAAAGUGGUCGAAAGAUUUAAUGCCGAUUACUCGAAGGGUGAAACGUUUGAUGCAGAUCUGGAAGCGGUACUACAGCGAUCAAUGGUCGAGAAAUGAACUUUUGCAUAAGGAGAGAUCGUCUGCUGGUGACGCAGGACACAAUGAUGAUGUGAGGGUGUCCUGUCUUUGUAUUACCAAAACAGUUUUAAAGCAUUGACGCUACCGCGAUUCCAAUUAUGUUUAGUUUUCAUACUGCAACAUGUGUAAACAUAUAUGCUAGGCUUCUAUGUACAAUCAUACAUCACGAUCUAACGUUCGGUACAAAGUGUAUUAUGAACAACGAUAAAUAUUACUCUCAAACGAAUACCGCAUAUGCACGAUAAGCGAUGAUUAGCGAAACGCAACAAACAAAACAAUUCCAAUCGACAUCAUGUAACAAUUUGAAACAAAAUUAGCUUUAAUUAUUUUCUUUGUAUCUUUAUGUUGUUUCUUUCUUCAAAUUGUUACAAUGACUCGGUACCGGCGACUUCAUAGAAGAGGUCCGAGCGAAUUAUAACUGUUAAAGUAGACGCUAUAUUAACGAAGGUGUUGAAGUAAUGUUCAUAAUUGUAUUAAAUGCUUCAGCAAAGAAAAAGUUGCGUAGCCGAGCAAAACAAUGUGAACAGUGUAAAUAUUGUGGAUCCCAUUAAGCAACGAAGUUGGAUUAUGUGCAGGAAUAGAGUAGGAGCAGUAGAAAAUGAUGAUUUCAUGACUCUUUACAGGAUCGUGGACGAGGGAACGAUCAUCACAUACAGGAAGGAAUUAUGCGUACAAAGUAACGUGAAAUAUGUCUGUGGAAUGUAAAUUUCGUGUUCUUUUUGUUAUUUUUUGUUCACAUUUCCAUUACGAUUAUUAAAUGAACAGAAUUUAGUGAAAUUACCUAUUACCUACCGUAAAUAGCAAGAUAUUGAAAAAGCAAAUAAUUUGAAGUUGAAAGCUGUAAAAUUAGCUUUACCCGCAGCUCGUAAAAUCUCUUCGAUUGCAGCGUUGAAGGUAAAGAAACAAAUUUAAUAGGUGUGUUGAAUAAUUGUCACGCUUUGUCGGGUUAUCGUUGAGAUGAAUAUGCUACUCAUGAGGAAAACCAUUUACUAUUAAGAAGAAUCAGUAGCAGCCGACAUACGUUACGCAUGUUCCAGCGAAUGAUACUCUGUAAACUUAGCUUUCCCAAAGCUGCGGCCCGCUCUGUUGUUUCCCAGAAAUGCGAGAUUUAAACAAAACAUUUCAGAUAGAUUUUAGGGAAUCUAAAUCUCAGCACGUCAGAACACUCAAGACAUGCACAAUAAAGGGAACAGGAAAAAACGUAUGA